UCCAUGCGGUCGAGAAUAUUUCAAAUGUCAAGCCGCUGAAAACUUUGAGAGGAGCCAGGAGGCGGGGGCGCUCAGUUUUUUGAAAGGCCUCCUUCCAACAAAACUAGCUAGGAGCCCACGAGGGAGUAGAGGUAAAGCCAAGAGAGCUCUGGGUAUCUUUGACGAAGACGAUGCCAUUGCUAAUGCAUGCAGAUCAUAGCUCUGACGACAAUUACGGUUGCAAUCACGAAUCGUCCGACCUUUUACUGGACGAGAAUGGUUUUCCGUUGGUUGAACAGGACCGUCAGGACGCAGAAGAGGGAAGUUUCGCUGCGGAUUUCUAUCGUUGUGGAACCGAUUGGUCAUGCUUGGCGAGAGAGGACAUGGACAGCGACAGAGGCAGGAGCAGAAAACUGAAGCAGGCCAAUCUGUUCCAGAUGUGGGGGCUGAAGAAGCCUCGCCUCCACCAAGAUGCCGCUUUUCCCACUCCCAAUCGCACCAACAUCCCAAACCCAAAACCUUCUUCCACUAGUAUUUCCAAUCGGCCCCACGUUUGCCCUUUCUACAAAAAGAUCCCAGGAACACCCUUCACUGUGGAUGCAUUCCGCUACGGUUGUGUUCAAGGAUGCUCUGCCUAUUUCCUUACACACUUCCACUAUGAUCAUUAUGGCGGCCUCACCAAGGGAUGGUCUCAUGGCCCUAUCUAUUGCACCCCUCUCACUGCUCGCUUGCUCACAUUGUGUCUCUCUGUGAACCCAUUGUUUAUCAACCCUUUGGAAUUAGACAAGGAACAUUCUAUCCAAGGAAUCAAAGUAACAUUGCUAGAAGCUAACCACUGUCCUGGUGCAGCUUUAAUUCACUUUCGUCUUCCUGAUGGAAAAUGCUGUUUGCACACUGGAGACUUCAGGUCUUGUAAACUGAUGCAAACAUAUCCCCUUCUUGUCAACCACCAAGUUAACCUGCUUUACCUGGACACCACAUACUGCAACCCAAGAUACAAGUUCCCUUCCAAAGAAGAUGUAUUAAGUUUUGUUGUCAGGGUCACUAACUACUAUCUCAAAAUGCAACCUAAAACCCUUGUUGUUGUUGGGGCAUAUAGCAUUGGAAAAGAGCGUGUUUAUCUUGCUAUUUCAAAGUCUUUAGGGGUAAAAAUAUUUGCAAAUGCCUCAAGGAGAAGGAUUCUGCAGUCCUUUGAUUGGCCUGAGCUUUCGAGUAGUCUCUGCUCAGAUGGAAAGGAUACACUUCUACAUGUACUGCCCAUAUCAUCACUAAGAUUUGAGACCCUAAAGGAUUACUUGAAGACCUACAGGAAGAAUUAUGCGGCAGUUUUGGCAUUUCGACCAACAGGUUGGACUUACUCAGAGAACAUAGGCAACCAACUUGAUUUGAUAAGACCGAUUUCUAGAGGCAAUGUCACUAUAUAUGGGGUCCCAUAUAGUGAGCACUCUAGUUUCACUGAACUGCAAGAAUUUGUUCAGUUUUUGAGGCCCGACAAGAUAAUCCCUACCGUUAAUGUGGGGAAUGCUACUAACCGAGACAGGAUGCAGUCUUACUUCAGGCAGUGGCUCAAGGGCUAAUGUGUUCAUACUGGGAUAAAAGCAAUUUGAACUUGUGCUUACAACCUGCCUUCCCUCUCACAUCUGGCCAAACAAAUAAUGCAAUCAUUUGGCCAACACAAGAAAUUAUGCAGCUGAUUUGGUGCUCAAUCUUAACCGUUUUGCGGAGGUUAUAAUGGGCAUAAAUUAUUGACCUAUCAGACCAUAAUCAUUCAAUGUAGAAGUGAGGAUUUCACAGAAUUGCGGCAGAAGGUUUCGCUGGUAACCAGAGGUGGAUUUGGAGCAGUUUUUCUCAUGCAUACUGUCAUCGUCAAACCUCAAGAAUUUCCACAAAGAAAACAUGUGAAGAAUUGCUGAGUCUUUUAUGAUUGUAUCAAUCAUAAUAUUGUAUUUUUAAUUAUGACAAAGAUUGAGAAUGAGUGUUGAGAUAGGAAUUAGGAUUAUUCUUUAUUGUCUUGAAAGUUUGAUGUCAAAAGUCAUUUAUUUAGACAACAUCAAAUCUGGCAUUGCCAUGUUAUUCAGAGAGGCCAUCAUUGAGGCAAAUUAUGCAA